GAGAGCUCUAUAUGCCAGUGUUGAGCUCCGAGCUCUGUGGACAACGCGCUGCUCUGCUGGACAUUUAUGCACAUUUUCUGCAUCACAAGUGUAUGGAUACAAUACAGUUUUACUUAUGGUCAAUUAAGAGGGAGAAUCCAGAGAGGACUCGAUUUGUCUCGAACCCCCAGUAUUAAAUUACACCUGAUAUUAUCACCUUUACCGAGAUCUGCAGAGGACCAGUCCCGCGACUGAAGCCAUGCCCUGCGUCCAGGCUCAGUAUGGCUCAUCCCCGCAGGGCGCCAGUCCCGCGUCCCAGAGCUACAGUUACCACACAAGCGGAGAAUACAGCUGCGAUUUCCUCACGCCCGAGUUUGUGAAGUUCAGCAUGGACUUGACCAAUACCGAGAUCACCGCCGCAACAACCUCCCUGCCCAGCUUCAGUACCUUCAUGGACAACUACAACACCAAUUACGACGUGAAACCGCCCUGUCUGUACCAGGUGCCCCACUCCGGAGAGCAGUCCUCCAUCAAGGUGGAGGAGGUCCAGAUGCACAGCUACCACCAGCAGAGCCAUCUGGGCCCACAGUCGGAAGAGAUGCUUGCUCACUCCGGGCCCGUGUACUUCAAACCGUCGUCACCCCACGCUCCGGGAACCCCGAACUUUCAGGUUCAGCCCAAUCACAUGUGGGAAGACCCGGGUUCCUUGCACUCUUUCCAUCAGAACUAUAUGGCCACGCACAUGCUAGACCAGCGAAAGAACCCAGUGUCCAGGCUUUCUCUCUUCUCCUUCAAGCAGUCUCCACCGGGUACACCUGUUUCCAGCUGUCAGAUGCGCUUCGACGGUCCUCUUCACGUGUCCAUGGGCCACGACAGUUCCGGAGCGCACCGAGCCCUGGACAGCCAGAGUUUCGCGGUGCCCAGUGCCAUCAGAAAACAGGCGGGCAUAGCUUUCGCCCACUCCCUGCAGCUCAGUCACGGGCAUCAGCUGAUGGACAGUCAGAUGCCCUCACCGCCGUCCAGAGGAUCUCCGUCCAACGAGGGUCUGUGCGCGGUGUGUGGGGACAACGCGGCGUGUCAGCACUAUGGAGUCCGGACUUGUGAAGGAUGCAAAGGCUUCUUCAAGCGCACAGUGCAGAAGAACGCCAAAUACGUGUGUUUAGCUAAUAAAAACUGUCCUGUGGACAAACGCCGGAGAAACAGAUGCCAGUACUGCCGAUUUCAGAAGUGCCUGGUGGUCGGGAUGGUGAAAGAAGUUGUCCGGACCGCCAGUUUAAAGGGUCGGAGAGGCCGUUUACCCUCCAAACCCAAAAGUCCGCAGGAAUCUUCUGCACCUUCUCCACCCGUCAGUCUGAUCAGCGCUCUGGUCAGGGCUCAUGUGGACUCCAACCCCUCCAUGAGCAGUCUCGACUACACCAGAUUCCAAGCCAACCCGGACUACCAGCUGAGUGGAGACGACACGCAGCACGUUCAGCAGUUCUACGACCUCCUCACCGGAUCCAUGGAGAUCAUCCGCGGAUGGGCGGAAAAAAUCCCCGGGUUCACCGACCUACCCAAACCGGACCAGGACCUGCUUUUCGAGUCCGCCUUCCUGGAGCUCUUCGUUUUGCGCCUGGCGUACAGGUCCAACCCGAUGGAAGGCAAGCUCAUCUUCUGUAACGGGGUGGUGUUGCACAGACUGCAGUGCGUUCGUGGAUUUGGAGAAUGGAUUGACUCAAUAGUGGAGUUCUCGUCUAAUCUCCAGAACUUGAAUUUAGAUAUAUCUGCUUUCUCGUGCAUCGCCGCCCUGGCUAUGGUCACAGAGAGACACGGGCUCAAAGAACCGAAGAGAGUGGAGGAGCUUCAAAACAAGAUAGUAAACUGUCUGAAAGAUCAAAUCACCUUCAAUGGGGGCGGCUUGAAUCGUCCAAACUAUCUGUCCAAACUGCUGGGAAAACUGCCUGAACUGCGCACUCUGUGCACACAGGGUCUUCAGCGCAUCUUCUACCUAAAACUAGAAGAUCUGGUCCCACCGCCAGUAAUAAUUGACAAACUCUUUCUCGACACUCUGCCCUUUUAAACCCAGAAAAUAAACCGUUUGAAACGACCACAAAGGACUUCUAGAGACUUUUGAAAACGUUAUGAUUUUUCUAAGCACCAACCAUCGCCAAAUGACGUUCGCUUUCUGAGAAAGGACCCGACAAUUUCAAAAUUGGAAAACACCAAGACGUUUGUCGUCAACAAGUGAUUUACACACUUUAUCUCAACAGCAACCCGCCACUGGAGAUCUCAAGAGAGAAAUGAGUUUAAGAAAUACAAUAAAUAAUACAAAUAAAUAAGAACGAUACAAUUAUAAGUUAUAAUAAAAUACGAAUAUUAUCCAAUCGUUUGCUUGAUUUUGGACAAUGGGAAAUAUCUCAUUAUUGUUAACUGCAAACGUCUGUGUUCAUGGAUAAAUCACAGAGUAGAGUGUAUUAUACGCCAAUUCUAUAUACCUAUACAAUAGAUUUAUUUGAUUUAUAUGAUGUGUAUAAAGCUUGUACAGAGUUUUUUUUUUUUUUAUAACUUGUGCCUGUGUACCUCUGUAUGGUGGAAAGGAGACGCAUGUUGUAGAGGACUCUUGUCUCUAUUACACACACUAUAUUCCGGACACUAUGUAGUCUGUUAGAUUUUAUAAAGAUUCGUAGUAUUGGGGCAACUUUUAAAUAUGACACAUGUGGAGAGGAAUACCUAUAGCAUAUGUACAGGUAAAAAAGGGACCCAUAGUGUUUGUAAAAUUGUCAGACAUUCCUUGUUUGUAUAUGUGUUGUAUGUACUGUUGCUGUUUGAUAUAAACGUUUCUAUAUUUAUUUUGGGGUUGCAGUUAAAGCAUGGUUCAGUUGAGAUGAUUUCACACGCAGCAUCGUCCUUUUUGUUUAAUGUCGCGGACCUGAUUUCAUUUGCCAUUAUCUUCUUUUCCUGUAGCUGUGUAAAGAUCAUCACUGUCCUUUUAUAUGGUUUAAAUGAAAAUAUUGCAACAUGUUCGGUUCCGAAUCCGAAUCAAACUACAUGAGAAAGGAAUAUUUAAUGUUUACAAAUAAAACUUUUAAAUCAU